UCAAAAGCCCAGAAAAUCUUUUAAUAUUAUUAUUCUUUCAGAUUAGAUACGCUGUUAUAUAACUAUCAAAUAUAGCCAGCCAAUUGGGUAAAGAAAUGAUUGAAGGUGAAAGAAAAAGUAUAUGAGAAUAACAAAUAGACCACAUGUUGACAUUUUUUAAGUCAUUGCAAAGACUUCAUUUUUCUGUAGAGAGAGAAAAAGAAAGAGAGAGAGAGGAAUAGAGAGAUCUUAAUCUUAUCUGGGAUCUCUCUUACAUGUAGCUUUCUUCUAUUGAUCAGUCGAAGGGUUUCUCGAUCAGUGACAGCACAAAGGUUGUUGGGAGGAAUUAGCAGAAAAUUUUUGAGGAAUGGGAACUAAAAUACAAUGCAAGACAUAUUUGCCAGGAUUUUGCUCCAUGAGUGAUCUAAAUAGCAACGGAACUAACAUCCCAUGGCUCGUAAAUCAUGAAAACAAGUCAAGGAAAAGAAAUCAGUGCACUGACUCGUUUUUGUCGCCGCAACCUAUUGAUGGAUAUUUUGAAUGUGACAAAGAAAAAGUGAGGCAGACAAUUUUGAAGCAUGAGAUAGUUUUCAGGCAUCAGCUCCAAGAACUCCACCGGCUUUAUAGAAGACAAAGGGAUCUAAUGAAUGAACAUCAAAGGAAAGAAAUGCUUAACCAUCCAAUGAAGACAUUCCAGUCAAUUCCUUCAUCGUCUCAUUUUCCUUCAUUGGAUUCUAUAGCUGGUCAGCUAUCGGCCACAGACACUGCUAAGAAUCAAUCUUCUUUUGAUUUUAUGGAGAACGAUAGUAGGUCGAGUCAUUUCUCCUCCCAGCUCACUAAAAGUUCAAAGGAAUGUGAAUCUCACCAGCCUAGUAGCAGUUUGUUCCAAAGGAAAAUGUUUGACUCUAGAUUUGUAGUUGAUAGGAGCGUAAAUAACGAAUGGGUAUUGCCCUGCAUUCAAGGGAACCCUGUUGAGGGAACUAAUAAGAUGCCCCGAAGUAGAGAUGCAAAGACACCUAUUGCCAGCGCUUUAGAAUUUCAUUCUGAUGCUGAUCUUAACAGAGCUAGUUCCUUAAAAGGAACUGAUGAACUAGCUGACUUGAAUAAACCUUUACCACUUGAAGAAGCUUCUCCGUUGGUGCCGGAUAUCAAUAUAAAUAGCAUUACUUGCCUCGAUGAUGACAUCUAUGACGGGGGGAAAUUCUCUCCGAAGUCACUCAAGGAAAGGAUUGGUGGAAUUUUCCUCAACCACCCGCCUCACAAAAAUGGAGAAGAGCAGUUAACUUCUAAACUAAAUGCUGAGAAAAAGCAACGUGAUAACGAAUCUUCUGGAAGACUUGAAACUGCUGAAAUUUUACCUAAAGCUUUUCAGUCACCGCAAGGUCAUCAACUUUUCAGGCACUCUCUCUUUAAGGAAACCAAGACAGAACACCAGAGGAAGAAAACAAUUUUUGGUGUAGAAAUUCAUGAAGAAAAUCAAAUGCAAUCUGCUAGCUGUUCCAAUGUCCAGAAUGCCACUCAUAAAUCUCCACCACUUUCUCAGAGUUAUACUAAACUCCUGCGAAACGUUGCGUCUUGUCAAAACAACAUGCAUAUGAGGAUUGACAGGGAAACUUCCUGUGUGUCUCGAACUGAAGCGUCUGGAAAAGCGCCGGUAUCUGGAGAUUGUCAAAGGAAGCAGGAAAAUUCCCGAGAGACAUUGCCUUGGUUAGUGGUGAAAUCACAAAAAGGCGUAGAGCACACUAAAGGGAGGGAAAAUUGUUAUCACUUAAAUCUGGACUCCUUGCAGAAUAAUUCUCAGCUGUUUUUCAGACAAGAAGACACAGCUGUCAAUUCCUCUCAAAUUAUAGAUCAGAGGCAGGGAUCCAUAUCAUCGAGAUCUAUUUUUGAAGUUAGUGACAGCACUAAAAUAAGGACAAUUUUUGGUGUUCCAAUUUUCAGUGCCCCCACGGACUCGCAUGCAGAAAGUGGGCUCUCAAACACCGCUUUUCCUAAUGUUGACAAUGUUACUGCCACGAAAAUUUCAGGAGACGAGAUUGUUUCUAGAAGUCAGGUGGAAGCCAAGGAUUUUCUUCAAGAAAAGGGACUAAAUGGUUGCAUUUCUAGUCUAAGGCAUCAAAUUGAUUUGAACUUGUCUUUAGAUGAAGAAGAGGCUCCAUCUGCACCUUCUCUUCCUCGGGCUGUGGUGAGGAUUGCAACCACUGAGAUAGAUUUAGAGGCUCCAGCAAUUCUUGAAUAUGAAGCGGAAUGUGGGGAAUCUAAACAUACAUUAGAAGAAUCUAAUAAAUCGAAUGAAGCCGCCAUGAGGCUUGCUGCUGAGUCUAUAAUCUCCAUCUCAAUGUCCGGUGCAAAUGGAGAAAUGAAUGAUGCGUUGCAAACUGAAACUAGCGACUCCCUCAAAUGGUUUGCUGAGUUGGUCUCCUCUCACUGUUGUGUUCAACAAGAAUCCAUUGCUACAGAGAUUUGCUCAGGUACAGCAUCUGAGUUUGAUGAGGAAUCCAUUCCCAUUGGCUUUGAUUACUUUGAGUUUAUGACACUGAAGCUGGAAGAUAUGAAGGAAGAAGAGUAUUCCUAUAAAAUGCCGACAUUGGAGAGCCAAAACAACGAAGAAACAGUUGCCAUUACCUUACCAAAACGGCCUCGAAGAGGGCAAGGAAAAAGGGGAAGGCAACGGAAAGAUUUUCAGAGGGACGUUCUUCCUGGUCUUAUUUCCCUAUCUAGGUAUGAGGUGAACAAGGAUAUUUUGAAAUUCGAAGAACUGUUUAAAGCAAGUGGAUCCUCUUGGCAGUCGACCAUGUCACAUAGGAAAACUGGCAAGAGUGGUAGGGGAAGGAAGCGUUUAGCAAAUGCCGAUCCCUCCCCAACAAUUCCUGCAGAUUGCCCACCUCCAGUAAACCAGCCUUGUUCUGGUGAGCUGGGGCUUGAGGAAAAAAGCCUAACCGGUUGGGGAAAAAGAACGAGGCGCUUGCCAAGGCAGAGAUAUCUAAACGGUAAUCUUGCUCUUCUUAUGAAGCAAUGUUAAUGUGUGGAUUAAGUGCACAUCACGGUUCAAACCCCAGACAAAGAGCGAGCCUGAUAUUUUAGUAGAAAAGGGUUUUGAGUUUCAAUUCUGUUCUAACCGGCCCUCGAGGAUUUUUCAGUUAUCUCAAAAUAAUGUUGAGGAGGGGGUUUGUGGUGUGGAAUGAGCACCAAGGUUCUUGCAGCUUCCCUAAAGGGAUCUCAUGACACCAUUAGAGCUUAUUUUUGUACAUUUCUGUGUAAAACUUAAAUGUCACUUUCCCUGCUUCCAUUACACUCUUGUAAGAGCUUAUUAAUAAUGCUACUUUUUUUUCCCCUUAAAGUGAUUAAUCUAAUUUGAAAUGAAAUGCAGGUUGGUGGCCA